CACGCGCGCGCGCGCACGCGCAACACUCUCUCUCUUUCUCUCUCUUACACUCAUUCAUUGGUUUUUUUUGUUUUUUGUCAUGUAAUGUUCCCUCUCUUAGAAUUUUCACGCGCAUGAUUAUGAGAUUAGAUAAAAAUAUAAAGAAGAAAAUGACAUCAAUCACAAUAAUAAAUGACAUAGAUGAUAAGAGUCAAGAAGAUCCUAUUAGAUGUAUAUUUUUUUCCGAAUUUCAUCAUAUUGUAGGUCCAAAAAUUACUUGUCAAGUACCAGAUAAUUUUAUUUCAAAGGACAUUUUUGAUAAUGUCAGUGUGUAUAUUAUACCAAAGGCACAAUUACAACGUAGCACUAUAACAGUAACACUGAAGGACUAUAAAAUUUUAGGGUUCCCUGUAAAAAUUGAUGAUAAGAAAUAUGCUAGAAAUGCAUUUUAUUUUAAUUUAUGUUUUGUGUGUGAUGCAGGGGCUCGUACUGUGCAUUACGAACCCGUUGUUAAGAAAAUGUCUGACUUUUUGAUGGCUCUUGAAGAUGAAAAUUGUUUCUUAUCAUCUUCUGAUGACAAGACAAGAUUAGCAGAAAUGCUUCAACAGGUGAUACAAGAUUUAAAUAUGCACAAGAUGUGUACAUUAACAGAGGGGACAAUGACGUCCCACUUGAAAGUCAUAAAGUUAGCACCUGAGCCGAAACCAGUUCUUGAUCAUCAGGUACCAAUAUUCUUGGAAGGCCGUGAAGCAUUUCAGAGCGAUCAGUGGGAUUUAACUACACAGCAAGUGUUGCCUUAUAUUGAUGGAUUUAAUCAUGUAGCACGAAUUGCAGCAGAAGCAGACGUAGAGAACAAUCUGGUUAAAAGCUGUGUGCAGAACCUUGUGUAUUAUGGUGUGGUAACAUUAAUUCCAAUAUUCCAAUAUAGCAAUGUUUAUGCAGCGACCUCCAAAUUAAAAGAAUUAGCAGAAAAUGUUAAAUUACAGGAACGAUGUAUAGCAUAUGCUUCAAAAUUUCCUAGACAACCCGCGUAUCUUAGGGACAUAUAUAGAAUGUAUGCAAGUAUGACACAUGGUAGUAGUAUGAGGGACUUAUGCCAAAGACUUAAUCCUCAGAAUUUGAGAAUCAAUGAAAGACGACUGGUACAAUUUGGUCUCAUUGAAGGUCUUAUUCGUAGAGUGUAUAAGUAUCCAAUAUGUCUGCCAGGAUCUCCUUGUAACGACGAAAUGAAAAGCAAUCCGGUGUACAAAUACUUCACGGGAACAUAUAGUCUCGACGAAAUUUGUUGCAGUACAGGUCAAUCGGCAGCACAGAUUGAAGAUAUUGUUGAACGUGAUCCGAACGUUGUCAUGUUAUGGAAGUAAUAUAAGAAAAUAGUAGUCUACAACUUUUAUAUGAUAAUUAUAAAUAUACGUGUAUGAUAAGCGAAUUAAUCGCAACUGUAAAUUUCUUAUUUUCAAUAGAUGUUCUCCAUCAUUCGUUUCACUUCGUUUAUGUACACGUCAGGUACUUUAUUAUUCCUCAUUUCA